AUGGUGAUUUCGACCCCAGGAGAGCCACAGCACCGACCGCAGCCGGCGUUGGCUUCAGCCAUUCAGAAGCCUGCACCAGUGGAAGGCUUCUGGAUGGCUCCGUCGCCGACCAAGUCCCGAGAGUAUCGAAUUGUCUUCACAGGUUUCCGCCUGAUCGUCUGUGACUCGGUGGCGAUCAGGCGGACACCUGUAGACAGACGAUCAGAUACUCUGGGGACUUUGGACUUGGUCCAACGAUGCACCUGGUGCACUAUAAGGACGCCCAGAUGCAUCGUGGGUCGCGGUGCCCUUGGGGGAGACCAACACCUGGAACCGCCCUGGACGCCCUGCGCGGUCGUGCUCGGAGUGGUCCCAGAGUCGGAUGCGAAACCGCUCUGA